GCCUGCUGUGCACGGCUGCAGCAGACACGUGUUUGUCCUCGCCCUGCAACAAUGGAGCUACAUGUGUGGACCACCUGGAGGACUACGUGUGCCUGUGCCCCAAAGGACCAGUGUGGUACACGGGGGCGUACUGUGAUGACCUGUAUGACCCCUGCAGCCUGGCCCCCUGCACCAACUGCACCAGCCAACCUGGGACCAGCGCGUACACCUGCCACUGCCCCGACGGCCUCACAGGCCUCAACUGCACCGAGGAUGUAGACGAAUGUCAGAGCAACCCCUGCGAAGGAGCACGCUCCAACUGUGUCAACGGAGAGAACAGCUAUUCCUGCCACUGCCCCCUGGGGUCGGGAGGGGAGGACUGCCAGGGUAAUGUGACCACUUGUUCAGAGGAAACAUGCCAGAAUGGAGGCACCUGUAUGGACAUCCCUGACUUUGGGCACAGGUGCCAGUGUGCGGCUGGGUACCAGGGGAUGGACUGUGAGGAGAACGUGGAUGAAUGCUCGUCUGAGCCCUGUCACAACGGAGCCAUCUGUAAAGACGGGGUGGAUGCCUACCAGUGUUUCUGUGUGCCGGGAUUCCAAGGCUACCACUGUGACCUGGACAUCAAUGAGUGUGCCUCCCAACCCUGUCGGAACAAUGGCACCUGUCUGGACCAGGUGGAUCACUACAGGUGUGACUGCGCUCCAGGAUUCAAAGGGGUUAAUUGUGAGGUGGACAUCGAUGAGUGCGAGGUGCAUCCCUGCCAGAACGGAGCCACCUGCCGCGAUCACAUCGCCUUGUACACGUGUGAGUGCUUGGCCGGCUUCCAGGGUCAAGACUGCGAGGUCAACAUUGAUGAGUGUGCCAGUUCCCCCUGUCUGAAUGAGGGCCGGUGCCUGGAUGGGGUCAACAGCUAUGAGUGUGACUGUGAGGGGACCGGCUUUGCAGGCCUCCACUGUGAGGAGGAUAUUCCAGAAUGUGCUUCAGACCCCUGCCAGCAUGGAGCCACCUGUGUGGAGGGGGUCAACCAGUACAUGUGCCAAUGCUGGCCAGGUUACCAGGGGGAGAACUGCCAGGUGGAUACAGAUGAGUGUGAGCAUCUUCCCUGUGAGAAUGGUGGCAAGUGUUUCCAGCGCUCAGAUAUCCUGAACUAUGGCUCCCUGCCUGAAUUCAGCAAAGCCAAUUUCAGCUAUGAAGAGGCCGCCGGUUUCAUCUGCCGCUGUCUGCCGGGCUUCACUGGAGACAACUGCUCAGUCGAUGUGGACGAGUGUGAGUCUGCUCCAUGUCUCAAUGAAGGAACCUGUCAGGAUCUGGUCAACUCUUAUCAGUGUGUGUGUCCAGACGGCUUCACAGGAGUUCACUGUGAGGUGGACAUCAACGAGUGUGACAGCAAUCCAUGCCAGAAUGGUGCCACGUGUGAAGACUUUGCCAACUCCUACAGGUGUGUGUGCCCCGUCCCAGAGCCAGGCCAUGACCCCUGGGGUGGGAGGGACUGUGACGUCCGUCUGGAGGGCUGCAAACAGCACCAGUGCCAACAUAAAGCGGGUUGCAUCCCUGUGCUGACUGAUGACGAAGAACACAACUACACCUGCCUGUGUCCGCCUGGCUGGACUGGAGAACGCUGCAACACCUCUACCACUUUCUCCUUCAACUCAGAGGGCUACAUCCACAUGCAGCUGCCUGUUUCCAAAACCAGAACAAAGAGAGAGGCUAAAGACAGAAACCAAGGGCUCCACAUGCAUGUUCGAUUCAGGAGCACUCUGCCCGACAUGGUGCUGUACCACCGGGGCUCCACUGAGCGCUUCAUUUCUUUGGAGCUUGUUGGAGGCUCCCUUCAGGCCAGGGUGAAGUCAGGGAAGGUACUGCAAGUCAUUUACCCCGGCCCAGUCAAUGACGGGGAGUGGCACCAGGCCACUGUCACCAUGGAUGAGAGGCUAGUCAUGGUUGUAAAAGGACCCGGCUGUGAGGAAGGGUGCCUGGUAAAAAAUGAGGUCUACAACCAUCUGAUGUUUGUCCAGCCCAGCUCCUUUCCACAGCUGUAUGUUGGAGGGGUGCCACAGGAAUAUUUAGCCUACACGUCCAGUGGAGGGGCGUUCAUUGGCUGCAUGGAAGACUUUCAAGUUGAUCACAAGCUGCUUCUUCCUCAGGAUCUCAUUAGAGAGGAGAACCAGGGGUUGGAAAUAGGAUGCAGCAAAAAAGAUUGGUGUGAAGAUGACCCAUGCAUGCAGCGAGGGCAGUGUGUGGACAUGUGGGUCCGUCCCAGCUGUCAGUGUCAUCGCCCCUACUAUGGAGGAAGCUGUGACAAAGAAUAUCCCUCCUGGACCUUCAGUCAUGAGAACACCACCAGCUACGUCAGCUACAACAUCUCGGAAACCCAUGGAGAAAACUUCACCAUCUCCUUUUUGUUGCGCUCGCUCAAACACAAUGGUCUGCUCCUGCAGCUUCGUCGAGAAGGAAAGCCCUACCUGACACUUUAUCUGAAGGAGGGCACUGUUGCUAUUUACAGCCCUCACACCACCCUGCUCUCAGAGGCCAAGCUCGUCACUGACGGCAGCAAUUAUUUAGUAGCUGUACAAGUACAGUAUGGCCAUGUGGUCUUCCCCAAAGCAGGGAAUCAUCGUGCCCUAGGGAACGUGAGUGUAGAGGCAGGGGAUGUGGCAUAUGUGGGGGGGCUCCCUGCAGGCAUGAGCAUGAAUGCCUGGGGUGGAAAUAUGAAGGGCUGCCUGCAGGACCUCCGGCUGGACCACAAGCAUCUGACCACUGAGGGUCUUCCAGAGGGGGUGGAGGUCUACCAGGCCAGCACAAUGGAGAACGUGCUGCCAGGAUGCCAAAGUGAUGACACAUGCAAGGAUCAGCCCUGUUUAAACGGUGGACAGUGUCAAAUAACCUGGAAUGACUUCCAAUGCAACUGUUCCAUGAAGUACUCUGGCCUCCUGUGUGAGACCCGCCUGUGGUGCGUGGACCACCCCUGCUCUGAAAGGGUGCGCUGUGUGGACCUGCAGGAUGGGUAUGAGUGUUUGACUGAAGCCAUUUUUCAGGACAAUGCUCUUCAGUAUGUUGCCAACAGCUCCCUGCUGAGCCCAGUGACCGACAUCACUAUGGACAUACGGACACGUGACCAGAACGGGAUCCUGUUGCGGGCCGCCAGCAGAGCGGAGGUCUUCUGCCUGGGGCUGCUCAACUCCUCCCUGCUGGUCAAACUGGACAGUGGGGCGAGCGCUGAGCUGCUGGCCUUCACAAGUGACAGAGUGAUUGCAGACGGAGCAUGGCAUCACAUCCAGCUCACCAUGGUGGAGCCCACACACUCAGUGUCCCGCUGGCGCCUCACCGUCGACGGGCAGAGAUUGGGGGGUAGCUUCGGCGUUGGUGGCAACCUCAACUUCCUCAAUGACACCAAUGUGUGGCUGGCUGAAAAAUACACUGGAUGCUUAGGGGAAGUGAGGGUGGGGGGAGUCUACCUGCCACUCAUUAACGUACCAGACGCCCCGCAGAUGAGCCGGUUCUCCAGACUGGGUGGGCACGAGCCAAUCAUAGGAUGCCAGGGUUCACCGAUUUGUGAUUCCCAGCCCUGUCUCAACCAGGGUGUGUGUCAGGACCAGUUUAAUGAGUUUAACUGCAGCUGCAGUGCAGGAUGGGAGGGGGAGCUGUGUGAGUUGGAGGUAAAUGAGUGUUCUUCAAGUCCCUGUGGCUACGGUACAUGUAAGGACCUUCUGGCAGACUACCAGUGUGACUGCCACCCCGGAUACACAGGGAGAGACUGUAAGGAAGAGCUGGAUAACUGUCUGGAGUUCAGUUGUGUGAACGGAGGAACCUGCAUGGACAAGGGGGGGGCUCACACAUGUUCAUGUCCUCGGGGCUACGUCGGAAAACGCUGCCAGUGGCGUUUCCCUCCAGUGGCGUGUGAUGCAGACACUAAGUGUCUUAAUGGGGGGGUUUGUAUAGGAGGGGACUCAGGAGGCAACUGCACCUGCAAGCCAGGAUACACUGGAGCCAGGUGUGAGACAGAAAUAGACGAGUGUGAGUUCAGGCCUUGUCUCAAUGGGGCCACCUGCCUGGACAGACUCAACCACUUCCAGUGUGUGUGUGUGCUGGGCUUCAGUGGCAGAGUGUGUGAGAACAACAGAGAGGAGCACACGGAGCUCGUCCCCUGGCUGGUGGUCACCAUCCCCCUCACCACGCUGUGUGUGCUGGUGGCCAUCCUGGUGGUGUUAUGCAUGGUCAUGACAGCGCGGAAGAAGCGUCAGUCAGAGGGCACGUACAGCCCCAGCUCCCAGGAGGUGGCUGGGGCCAGGCUGGAGAUGGGCAGUGUACUCAAAGUGCCCCCCGAGGAGAGGCUGAUCUGAGGCCAGAGGAUGUGUACAGGGCUCCUGCCCCACGAGGAAGACAUGGAGGAUAAAUCAAUGACUGAUCCUCCACCUGGGAACACAGCUUAUGUCGAGGUCUCACAGAUGGACAGGUGAAGACCAGAGAGAGGCUCCCCUGUCGGGGGGGGGUCUUGAGGAAUACUAAAAUCAGGUCAGGUCCAUGUGAACAAAAGUCAUUUUGGAUUUUAAGAAAUGUUGCACUGGCUGGACAACACUGAAACUGAGCUCCACAUGAUGAAGGGCAAGUAUUCAGGAAAACCAAUCAGCCUCCUUUACCAUCACAAUCCUUAUUAAACACACAUUUGCAAGACAUAUGUGUUUUUAUUGUGAAACAGACGCUCAUUUACAUCCUGUUGUUGUCCUGCUAGAGGUCACUUGCUAAUGCUAAUCCCACAUGACUUCAACUCUUUCAUCAAAAUGGGUUUGGCCCCUGAUAUCCUCCUUCAACUUUACAUCUGUGUUUUUGGUCUGCCUCAAAAAUGUGAAGAAGCAGAAGAAGGAAUGUAUUUGUGAAUCAAACCUGAUGUUCUGUUUUGCUGAAUCAGAGAUGUGGAAUUUGUACAAAAUGUUCAUGUACUCAGUUACUGAGUCAUUUCUCCUUAUUUAAGCUUCUGCAGUCUGUGAAUGAAGACAUGCAAACAGUUCAGACGAUGGAGCCUGACUCCGAACCCCCAACAGAACAUGUGAAUGAAUGACUCUUGCUGUAACAUAUUGUCAAUGUGCACUGUACAGGCUGCCUAUUAUUGGUCACUGUGUAAUAAUGCUGUCACUUUGUGUUGUGUAUCAUUUGCUGCAAAAGUUAAAGUCACUGUAUUUUUUGUAAUCAUUUCUCUGGUAACAGAACAGGAUUUUUUUGUAUGCUGUAUGUAAGUUGUCAGUGUUUUUGGAUAUAAAUAACUUUUUUCAGAUGUCUAGAAAAAAGGAGAAUUCAGCAAAGUCUAGUUAAAUUGUAUCUAAUUUAAAGAAAUGUCCUUAAAGUCAGAUGGCACUACCCUCACAUUUGAAGUCCAGGAAGUCUCCCUGCUCACUCCCCUUUCACUCUGUCCUCUCCGGGGCUCCUAACUGAACAACCAGCACUGCAGGAAACUGAAGGUUCUGAUGUGACCCAUGUAUUGUAUUUCAUGAAAUAGAACCGGUUGUGAAAGGAAAGUAUCAUGCAAGUCAGAGCUAAAUAUGAAUUAGAUAAACUCUUGUCAUUACUAUUCAGAGUAGUAUUGAAUGCCAUUUUAAAAGAGCGAUAUGUAUGCAUUUCAUCAUGGUCUGUAAAGUUUUAGGUAUGGGUUGGCAUAAUGUCAAUCGUUUUCAAGAUAUUACAGUUAUCUCUGAUUUAUAUAAUCCAAUCUAGUACAACUAACCCAAUAUUGCUUAAAUGUGGUUAAUCAGAUACACUGUAUGGCUUAAAGUAUAGAGACAUCCCUGUCCAACGUAAAACCCAUUCCUGUUCAAACAUGACAAUGCCCUCAGUCAUCCCAGUUAUGUACCUGACUGAGGUAUCGCAGCACAUCAUUACCAUGGUUUGAAUAAAAUACGACAAGCUCUCCAGCAUCAGCAGACCAGAUCGACUAAGAGUCUUACUGUAGGGCCUGUGGGAAGCUGACAAGCCUGACAUGCAAACGUUUAGAAGAAAAGAGAGAUGAACGGGGACUGUGUUCCCUCAGAUUCAUUCAGAUCUACUUGUAGUAUUCGACAUAAUGACCCUGACCUGUGGUCGUAAAAUGUGAACCUCACAAUUAUCAUUUAUAAUUUUGACCCAGCCCAAAUGUGUACCUGGGUCGGGUCUAAGUUCCUCAAAGCUGAGUGGACCCCAUUCAUGAUAUCUAUUGUCUGUUUAAUAUCUUGUUGUUUUGUUGUAAAUCCAGGAAUUAGAUAUGGUUCACAAGUGGAAAUACUAAAUAUUUAUUUAUGGUACAUUUAAACUGAUCCAUACUGCUGCUUCUCUCUCUGAGGUUGUUACAACUGGCUACAUGCAGGCUUUAAUACAAGUCAGAAAUCACUAAAUGUCCUUUCAUGUGCAUCAUGAAACGACAGUAUGUGCCUUCCUGUUUCCUGCAUCCAUCAAACACAGAUGCACCCUUUGUGAGGACUGUAUUUCAAAGAGAGGUUAAUGAAAGGAAGAACCUCAGGACACAUAUUCAAACAUUGUUUAAUUCAUUAUGGUAUUGUACAGACCUACUGUGAUAUGGUGUUGUUACUUAACAGCAGGACAUGGUAGUGAUUUCACACUGGAGUUGUUUUAAGUAAAGCCGUACCAUGUACAGCACAUCUACAUUCCAUGUUUUUUUUCUUCCAAAACAGGAUAUAUUUACUUUAGGGAAUAACCAGGAUUUACAUUAUGAGUGAUAGUGAUACACACAGAUUUAACAACAUAACUGUAUUAGGUUAGUUCCAAGCAAUAAGAUUAAGUUGAACCUAAUUUUUUGAAACAUAUUAUUAUUGCUUUCAACUAACCUAAUACAGUAUUGGAAAAUCUGUUGUCAUAACACAUUUAGUUAAAGUCAACGUUUCAGUUAUUCAGUGCACUUCAUAGAAACCUGUUUUUUUAAGUGAAUAUCUCCUUUUGAAGUAAAUCUCUUUAUUAGUAAGUGUGCAUAUGAGGAAGAUUUUGUGUUUAAUGGUCAUUUUGUGCAUUUAGUUUGAAAUGGCGCUUCAACUGAAUGAAUGUCAGCGGGCAUGAAAUGUGUUCAAAGAAAAAUAAAAACAAAAGAAAAUGAA